UAUAAAAGCUUUACGGCGGUUCUGAAGCAGCGUCUAUUACAGCGCAAGUGAGGAUUUGCUUUGCUCUGCUCACUCGCUGACCGCGGCCGUCCAGGCAGUGGGUGGAAGAGAUCGGUUUUAAGGCUGGAGUUCCACGGACAGCGAACGGGGAGUCCCGUGUAAAAACCCGAUUCGCCGUCAGGACGUUGGUUUCAGGCCCCAUCUGUCCGUCGCCUUUCCGAGUGUCGGAGUGAGCGCACCUUCCGUCAUCCGCAUCCCGACGAAGCAGAUCUAACCAGAAACCGACGACAAAAUGGUGCAGAAUAAGAUCAACGAAGUCACCGGAUUUCACCGCUCGUUUAAGGGUCAGAAUCCCUUCGAGUCGGACGACUUCACCAAAACAGGCUCCCAUCUCCAUGAAUCCGCCUUCAAUUUCGAUUGUCCCUCUCGACCCGACAUGCCGGCCAGCCAGCCCAUCGACAUCCCCGAUGCUAAGAGGCGGAACAAGAAGAAGAAACGGUGUCGGGCCACAGACAGCUUCUCCGGGCGCUUUGAAGAUGUGUACAGGCUGCAAGAGGAGCUGCUUGGGGAGGGGGCUUAUGCUCGGGUUCAGACCUGCGUCAACUUGAUUACCAACAAGGAGUAUGCUGUCAAGAUCAUUGAGAAGAGGCCCGGCCACAGCCGAAGCCGUGUCUUCAGGGAGGUGGAGAUGCUCUACCAGUGUCAGGGACACAGAAACAUCUUGGAGCUGAUCGAGUUCUUUGAAGAAGAGGACAAAUUUUACCUGGUGUUUGAGAAGCUCAGGGGAGGCUCGGUUCUGACCCACAUCCACAAGAGGCGGCACAUUAGUGAGCACGAGGCUAGUGUGGUGGUGCAGGACAUCGCCAGUGCGCUCGACUUCCUGCACAACAAAGGUAGGAUCACCUCGCGACUGGAGCUGGGAGUAAAACCGUCGCCUCCCAUCUGCCCCCCUCCCCUCCUGACGGCUCGCCAUGUCCCCCUAGGAAUGGCCCACCGAGACCUGAAGCCCGAGAACAUCCUGUGUGAGCACAGCGACAGGGUCUCGCCCGUGAAGAUAUGCGAUUUCGACCUGGGCAGCGGGAUCAAGCUGAACAGCGAUAGCUCCCCGAUCUCCACCCCCGAGCUCCUCACGCCGUGUGGCUCAGCGGAGUAUAUGGCCCCUGAGGUGGUGGAGGCCUUCAACGAAGAAGCCACCAUUUACGACAAACGCUGCGACCUCUGGAGCCUGGGGGUCAUCCUCUACAUCAUGCUAAGUGGCUACCCCCCCUUCGUGGGCCACUGUGGCAGCAACUGUGGCUGGGAUUGGGGGGAGCCCUGCCACGCCUGUCAGAACAUGUUGUUUGAGAGCAUCCAGGAGGGAAAGUACGAGUUUCCCGAGAAGGACUGGGCUCACAUCUCCGCCGGCGCCAAAGACCUCAUCUCCAAACUGCUGGUGCGGGACGCCAAGAACCGGCUCAGCGCCGCCCAGGUGCUGCAGCACCCGUGGGUCCAGGGGUCUGGCCCCAACACCUUACCAACAUCCAACUUGCUGCAGAGGAACAGCAGUGCCAAGGACUUGACGCUCUUCGCGGGGAAGGCGGUGGCCAUGAACCGGCAGCUGGCCGAGCAGGAGGAGAUCGAGAAGGAGCAGCAGCAGUGCCCCCUGGUGGUCACGGUGGGCUCCAUGCGCCUCUCCCCGCCCUCCGACUCCAAGCUGGCCAAGAGGCGCCAGCGAAGCAGCCUCCUGAAGGGAGAGCCAGUCUCCGCCUCGGAGCUCCACCAGCGCCUGGCCCCGCUGGUGAUCGUGGGGGACUGCGCCUGAAGCCAUGGCCCCACCCGCCCCUUCAUCAGACAAGCUCAUCGUGGCCCCUCCCACCCCUCGAAGCCAGUACCCCAGUCACAGCACUUAAGAGACCUCAAUUCGGAGGUGGAGGGGUGUGAGCUUUUGAGGGGGGGGGCUGGAAUUGGACUAGAAUGGGUUUCGAACUUGACAGAAAAAAGUUAGCAUGAGCUGAGACACCAAAGCAUUAGCAUUUCCUGCUGCUUCCAUUUACAACAGACUGGAUCCACUGUGAAUUUAAUUUAUUUAGCGAUACUAAGGAUGAACCAUCAAUAAUACAUUCUGUUAGUAUUAUGAAGCACCCCAUCCUCAGAUAGGCACACCGAUCAGGAUGUUCCGGCAGCGACCUCAGUGAACCGGUCGCCAGCGGCACAGUGCCUGGUGACCUUUGACCUCUGACCUCUCCCAUCUCGCAGAGUCUGUCUAAUUGCCGAAUUUCUCCCCCUUCCUGGGCGUGACAUCCCACCUCCGGGUGUGUUUCUGACACGGCCCAAGGAGCGGAACGUGAACUUCGGUUAGAAGUUGAAGAACGGCCAUCUUCUGGUCGGACCGCUUGACUAGAAGGUGUCACCCUAGUGCCGGUCUGGUCAUCACAUGGCUGCUCGGCGGCGACCUCAGAACUGCAGUGAAAUCUCAGUAGAUCAGGUGUCUCCCCUCAGGGAGGGGGGCAGGCUUAAUGAGGGGCGACCAUUCUGUGUCCUCCCCCUGUGAAUUUAGGGCAGGUGCGUGACUGUCGUAUUACUGGGUAGGAAAGUGGCAGCUGCUGCGUGUUCUUCCCCGUUUCUCCGAUAGCCGCUGCAGGUCAGUGACGUCCGUCAGAUGAUUGAUCAGCAGGUGUCUAUCAACUCCUCCUUUUCGCGUUUGGCUCGGUCUCCAUUCCCUGCCACCCUUUUUCCGAGAGCGGACGGGAUAGACGAACACAGAUGAGUUUCUCAUUAGCUGUUUUCAGGGACUCGUACAAACCCGACCUCCUCCAGUGCAGCCCGGGUGUCUGUUUAAAGCCUGCGGCAUUUGGGUCUAGCUAACUGCUAAAUUUAGCAGCAGCUUAAUCAACCCCCACCCCCUUAUUGCCACGGUGCCCGAUUGUAAUGUUCUUUAAUCUGAGAGGUUAGGAUCUUAAUCUUGCAGGUAAGAGCAGGAGCUAUGUGUAUAUCGGGGGGUGGGGGGGAGAUCAACGGAUCAAAGAACAUUCCAGAAUUCUUCCGCGGAAUUGUAGCUGUAUGGACGAGAUUCUCAAUGUUUACUUUAGUUUCACUUGUGGGUAACCGCGAAACCCAAAACUGUGCCACACUGCUGUUUUUAUGGCUGUUAAGCUUUUGUUUUUAAUAUAAUUAUUAUUUUUACUUUUAAAACAGGUGUGCAACUGUUUGCGUGAAACACCAAAUGUCUUAAAGCUUGUGUUUUAAAAAUCGUUGACCUGUGUGGUGUGAGCGAGGCAGUGCGAAUGUUAAAGGGGAGGGGGGGACUUUUUAAAUUUAUCUAAAUAUAUUGGUAUAAGUUGGAGAGGGGCUGCUUUCCCUCCUCCUCCUUUUUUUUAUUAUUAUUAUUAUUAUUUUUUUUUUUUUUUUUUUAAAUGCAUGUGGCUGUUUCCCCACAGGGUCUCAGGCCAGCUGACUAACGAGAUUCAUGGUUCAGGCCUUAGCAGAUGGUGGCCCAACAGUCAGAUCUACACCUCUAGUUCCCCUGGCUUAUCGGACCAGUCCUUCCGUCACCAGCUUGUCAUUCUGUGUGGUGCAGAUUGUACUUUUGUAACCUUUCCACAGAAAUUGUUUUGGAGUGUGUGUGGGGGGGGGGUCUUUAUUUGUCUUACAGUAAGACUUUAAUUGAGUUUCUUUCGACAUCGUGUGGGGAGAGAAGCUACUUUUGCUGGAAAGGAAGGUGUGAGCUGACUGGUUCAUUGAAGACUCUUACGGUAUCAGUAUUUGGAAUCGUUCAGGCCCAUUUUACUCUGGCACAUGCUAAGUACAGCUGCAAGCACCAGCUGGGUGUCGGGCUUCCUGUCUGGGGAGGCCACCUCUUAUAUCUUGCCAUUUUUCCACAGUGUUUUUAGGGGUGGGGGGCGGGAAUAAAUUGAGAUACUGCGGAUUGUUUACUGUUGAAAUAUGCAAAGGAGCACAUUAUACUUGUAAUUCAAUCAAGUGAAUCUUAUGAGUACUGGAAGCCUUGACUCAAACCUAAGGGAGUGUCUGCAUUUUCCUUGACGUGAUGAGAUGUGUAAUAUGUCCUUUAUCCCACACAAGGCUUGAACAAGGGAUCAUCUGAAAGCAAUUUGAAUGUUUUUCUGCUUUUAAAAGGGAUGCAUGGUGCAGGUUCUUUGUAAGGCCCAUUUGGUUGCUGUGUGUUUAUCACAACACGUUGAGUCUCCGGCUGCUCCCCCCCCCACCCUCCCCAGGGGUGAAAAUUGGAAAUGUUACACUUAAAUAAAAUAAAGCACUUUAAUGUGACUGGUGGGUCACUCAAAGCAAAAUUUCUGACGACAGUUUUCCCAGAAUUUUGUAUUGUAUUUUUUGAGAACUUAAAUAAAAUGCUUUGAACCACAAA